AUGACAAAGGACAGUGCACAGGAGGUGCAGGGGGGCAGGGAGAGUAGGGGGGCUGGUGGUGGGAACUGGGAAGAGCCUGCAGGGGGCCGUGGAGGGGAAGUGAAGGAUGGUGGUGGGAUGGUGGUGGGGAGAAAACUUGGCUGCGGGGAGUGCGCGUACUACUGGCAGCGGGGUAUGCGAGCUGUGAUGGCGGCGGCUAAGCGGGCAGUGCUGGCGGCGGCUGUGCAGGUAGUCCUACUAGCGGCAACUAAACGGGCAGAGCUAACGGCGGCGGGCAGUGCUAGUAACGGCGGCUAUGCGGGCUGUGCUAACGGCGGCUAUACGGAUGCUGGGAUAUACGGCGGGUUCGACCCUCCUGCUACUGAGGAACUUCCGGACUGGCUGUCCGACUUCUCGCCUUCUGAAGUGCCUCAGCUCACCAUUCCACUUCUUCAUCAGGCCUUGCGGUCAGCCCCUCGCGGCACAGCUGCUGGCCCUUCUGGUUGGCUCAUUGAGCACCUUCGCGAUACCUUCCUUUCGUACCAGUCACACCUACCGCAUCUUCUCCGCCUGUUCCAGAACUGGCUGCAAGGCGACCUCCCGCAAACAGUUCGACCUUACUUCACCGCAUCUACUCUUGUUGCCCUUCAGAAGCCGCAAGGGGGCGUUCGCCCGAUUGCCAUCGGCGAGAUACUGCCGCGCCUGCUGUCCCGUUGUGUUACUCUUCACUUCAAACAGCAGAUCCGAGACUUCUUCCUUCCCUCCCUACAGUUUGGGGUCGCUGUCUCCGCAGGGAUCGAGGUUAUGGCCCAUGCAGUCCAGUCGGCCCUUUCCCUCCACCCAGAGUGGGUUGUGCUGGAACUGGAUGUUGCCAACGCCUUCAACUCCUUCAGCCGUUCUGCUAUGUUCAACGCCCUGCGAGACUCCCCGUUCUCCAGCCUCAUCCCUUUCUUCCGCCUCUUCUAUGCCUCCCCCUCUUCUCUCCAUUACCGCAGCGGCCCAUUAAUCGAGACACUGCAGUCAUCAUCGGGUGUUCGACAGGGUGACCCAUGUGGGCCAUUCUUGUUCGCCCUCACCCAGCACCUAGCCAUUCGCCCCAUCCAGCGUCAAUCUCCAGCCCUUUUCAUCACCUCCUACGCGGACGACACGUAUAUGGUCGGCCCUGCGCAUGACGUGUUUCCUGCCUACACAGCGCUUACAGCUCGUCUCAAUAACCUGGGCCUGAGGGUGCAACCAUCAAAAUGCUCCCUCUGGGCCCCUUUGGACCUCCCUUCGGACCUGACACCUCCAUCAGACAUCGUCAUUGCCCCUAACGGACUCACGGUUGCAGGAGUGCCUAUCGGAUCGGACACCCACAUUAUCUCUACAGUUCGAGACAAACUGCACUCUUUCUCUUCAUCACUGCCUCUCCUGCAUGACCUUCAUGAUCCACAGACUGCCUCUCGCCUCCUUACUCUCUGCAUUUCCGCCCGUCCCUCAUUCCUCCUCCGCACAGUGGCACCAUUUCCCUAG